CGUCUGCUAUGAGUGCUAGGUAUGACAGUCGACUAAGCGGCAUCCGACACGACGAUCAGCAGACGGCACAAUGUCUUCGUCCUCGCAAGCUCAGCUGAACGCAACAGCUGUAGAGAAUUUUCGCGAAUAUUUGCGGAUACCUUCUGUCCAACCGAACAUCAAUUACGAUGAUUGUGUUGCAUUCCUUCGGAAACAGGCAGAAUCUCUCAAUUUACCUAUUAAAGUAUAUCAUGUCCAGGCGAAUAAACCAAUUGUUGUCAUAACGUGGAUAGGAACAGAACCAGCAAAACCAGCUAUUCUAUUAAAUAGUCACAUGGAUGUUGUACCUGUAUUUGAAGAUAAAUGGACCUAUGCACCUUUUAGUGCUCAUAUGGAUGAAAAAGGAAACAUUUAUGCUCGUGGUAGCCAGGACAUGAAAUGUGUUGGAAUUCAAUAUUUGGAAGCAAUUCGCCGUUUAAAACUUGCUAAACAACAUUUUAAGAGAACUAUCCAUAUCUCCUUUGUACCUGAUGAAGAAAUAGGAGGAGAUCUUGGCAUGAAAGAUUUUGUACGUACCAAGGACUUCAAAGAGUUAAAUAUUGGUUUCUCUCUGGAUGAAGGUGUAGCUUCGCCCGAAGAAUAUUUUUAUAUGUUUUAUGGUGAAAGAGCAAUUUGGCAUGUCGAAGUAGAAUGUAAGGGUACUCCUGGUCAUGGAUCCAUUUUACAUGAUAAUACAGCUGGUGAAAAAAUAAGAAUUAUAAUUGAUCGUUUUAUGGACUACAGAGCUCAAGAGAAAGAAAAGUUGAAAGAUUCAAAAGUACAGCUUGGCGAUGUUACAACCAUAAACUUAACGCAACUGAAGGGUGGUGUGCAAACAAACGUAGUACCUACUUCGUUAACGGCAAUUUUUGAUAUUCGAAUUGAGCCUUCCGUCGAUCACACCGAGUUCGAAGCUAUGAUCAAAAGAUGGUGUGAGGAAGCUGGUGCCGAUGUUACGUAUUCGUUCGAACAAAAAGAUCCCAAGAUCGAGAACACAAAGUUAGACGAUUCUAAUCCCUUCUGGAUCGCUUUUAAAAAAGCUUGUGACGAUCUUAAAAUAAAGUUGCAAAUAGGAAUCUUCCCAGGCGGAACAGACAGUCGCUAUAUAAGACAGGUUGGAAUACCUUCCAUUGGUUUUUCACCCAUGAAUAAAACGAAAAUACUUCUUCACGAUCACGAUGAAUAUCUGAACAAAGAUAUAUUCUUAAAGGGCAUUGAUAUAUAUAUGAAAAUAAUACCAGCAGUAGCAAAUAUCUAACCAGAUGAUAUUAAGUCUCUAACAUCACACGCUUUUUAAAAUUGUGUACCUUUAUUUCAAAUACCAAAGUCAAAAAUUAAGAUUAAUAAUAGGAGUUAAGAAGAAGUGCAGAAAUUUACUAACGUUCCUGAAUGAACGAAACAUAGUGCAAUAAUUCAUAAAGAUUUAGAAAGUUAUAUAUGUUUCAAAUAUUUAUAUUUGUUACACAAAUAUGUUUUUAUUAUUAUCAAGUUGUUAUUAAUUGAAAGAUUUAUAGAAAGCCAUAACUGUCUAGUGGAAGUAAAUGUAUUUACAUGCAGUUGGUCUCGAUGAUUAAGGAAUAACUUGGAACAAGACUGAGAGAAUGUAGAAAAAUGAACAAAUGGUUUAGGAACGAAGUGCGUCGUUGAAGAGUAACGAAAAGAAGGUCUUAUCGAGAGGAACAAAACACAACAGUCAAAUCAUUCUGAAUCAGGUAUUGGGAAAUGCAUUUAUCAAUCUCUCUAGUGAACUAACUGAAAUCAGAAUAUGUUAUUCAGUGUAUGAAAACAAUCGAUACUAUUUUUUUAAGUACAAGUUAUGUUGUAAAAGAUCAAGUACCUUACUAAAACAACGAAUAUGUUUUAUUUUUGACUGUAUAAUUGUACGUAGCAGCAUUUGAGACCAUAGAAUUUAAUGUUCCUUAUUAUCUGCAAAGCGUAGAAUUGCUGAAAAAAAUUUUAUAUACAUAUAUUAUGUAUACAUAAUGCACAUAUAUACACAAAUGUUUAAGUAAUUAAAUAUAUUUUAUAUAAACCAUGACAAAAACUAUGUCUAUGGUAAUUAUAUAUUUUUAUGCACAAUACAACAAAUAUAUUUCUUCUUUUUCUUCUGUGCUUUA